CUGGAGUCUGCUUGUAAAGUAAAAAAAAAUGCACCUUAAAAGAUUUAUUUUUAUUUCUUUAUUUGUUUUAAUAUUGUUGUACUUAGUGUGUGGUCUGGACAUUUAUCCCAAAAUUUAGCACAAACAGAAUGGUGAUGGUUAAUAGUUCAUUUUGCAGUGAAAUUUUUAAAAAAUGCAGACAUCCCAGAUGAACAUUCCAGCUGGCUGAUCACUGCUAGGUUGAGCUGCUAGCUUUGCAGAGAAGGUGUUUGUGUUAGCCUGGGUGCGGAGCAGACUCUUCCUGGAGGGGGAGGUCCUCAGCUUGUGAUGUAAGCAUGUGAGGACCCCCUGAUUUUUGUGGGUAUGGGAGUGGCUGGUACUGAGAGGUUUUUUUGCAAGUAAAUGCUGGACUCCACUUAAUUUAAUUUUAUCACCUUCAGUAAAAAAAAAAAAAAAAAAAAACAUUUAGAAUAAAGUCAGGCGUGAUUUACACAAUGAUGAAUGGAAAGAUCUGUUUGUACAAUUGUAGCACAGCAGUAAAUAGGCGUCUGUACCAUUCCAAUAUGGCGUCCAACUUUGAAUAUGCAACAAAUAGCAUGUAGAGAUAUAUAACUCAUUGCACAGUUGUGUCUUGCAUUUCCCUUGAGACUCACCGAAAAAGAGCGGUGCAAUUAUUGUGCCUGUGUUAAAGAGUAUCAUGAACGUACAGAUGUGGCUGUUGUAUGGUGCCCUUACAUCACACUGUAGUGGUUUGUAAAGUAUUAGUCACUACUGCCCUAACAGUGAGAUACGGCUAUCUGUGAACAAAAAAUGGGCACUUAUCAUGUGAACUUAUAUGAACAGUACACACAUGACCCACGUGCAAUCUGCAGGAUUUUGUGUGGUAAAAAAAUCUGUGUCUCGCCUACUUCCCCCUCACGUAUCACACUGUAUUGGUGUUUACUACUCACAACAUGCUUGCAGCUAAAAAUGUACAUUCAUAUUUUCAGACUAUGGCAUUACCAUGUGGUCAACGACCAUAAUAUUUUGUGCACAAAAUAGUUUGCCCAUGUUUUUCCCACAGACAGCCCAUAUCUGACCGCAGGGGCAGCUAUGAAUAAACCUUUAGAUUUUAUCGUAUUUAGGGCUGCAAAAGUUACACACAUUGUUAAUUUUGUACAUCUUAGCCUUAACUUAAUCCCAACAAUUUGGGCCGAGACCUUGCCUUAAACCCAACCUCCAUUCAAAUGUCUGUCCUAAUUACAACCAACAAUCUAGUAUUUGUCAUCUACCUCAGGAUUAUUCCAGCACCUACUUAUAUGGUCAGUGAUUAUGCCAAAAAUUGCCCUUACGUGUGUACUGUGAUCUCCAUGCUAGCCUGAGACUAACAUGUCUUUAACAUUGUUACUGUCAGGUUUGAGGACAAUCAGAGGUUGGCAAAAAAACCCAAUUGAUUUAUAUAGAAAAAAACUGAAAACCAAAACUUGGUUUUAAAAACAAUAAUAAAAAAAAAAAAAUUACACAAGAUCAAAUUAAAAAUCAAGCAAAGUAAGCACAGAGAUUUACCACAGACAGUCCAGAGACACUGAUGCAAUAUGGAGGAAUUAACAGUUGGCAAACAGUGGAUAUAACUGAUCUAAACGAUCAAAACAGGACAGAAAUUAAAUUAACUAAACAAAAGGUAGACAUGAUACCUCAGAAUUUACAGCCAGGUGGAAUAAAAAAAGGCCUUUCAUUUAAUUGAACAAGGAAUUUAAAAGGAAAUUAAAGAAGAAAAUGAAAACACAUUGAGGAAAGAGUAAGGGAAUAAAGUUACAGUUUAAUAAUCAACCAUAGUUUUAAACAAGUAUAUAAUUACAUAAUUUAUAAUAUACUUGUAUUUUCCUUCCCUUUUUUUAAUUAUCUAUGCCUUGAUAAAAGCGUUCGCUGAAAGGUGCAAGCACACCUGAGGGAUGACGGUUGUGCAAAGGAAAAGAUUACUGCUCCUCUAUUUCUGUCCUUCAAAGCUCUUUAGUAGUCUUACCCUGGUGUGUCACAGACUGUGAGUGUGAAGUGCAUGUCUGUUUAGGUGCCUCAGAGACUUGUGUGAGUGGACAUAAUCAACUGUGUUCAGCUGGCCUUCCUUAGGCAGCUUUUGCUGUGCUGUUUGGACGUGUGGACUCACCUCCGCAAGCCUGGGGAAAACAUUGGAAAAUCAAGGCAAACAUUAAGGAUUACUUUAAGGAGGUGACUUUUAGGAAAAAAGCAGCAAAAUGUUGAUCACAAUGCUAACAGCCAUGUACAUGAUGGUCAAAGUUGUGGAAUCGAUAGGAACAAUGUUUGCACCCCAAGAAGAGCCUUUGCGUUACAUGGUAUCUCAGCCGUUGCCUUGGCAGGUUCAGUCUGUGUCACACAGUCGGAAGAGCAGCAAAGCAGACGAGUUUGAAGGUCUCAGAAGGAACAGCAUAGGGGUCUACAGAAAGAACUCCAGCGCCAGCAAUGGCACGUGCACCACACCAGCUGUUCCCCCACUCAGCCCGGUUGAAGUGGAGAAGGCUGCCUCGACCAUCCAGACCCACUUCAGGAAAUUCCAGCAGAAGAAACAGAAGAACGGCAAGUAGAUAGUCUGAGCGACAGCUGGAGUGAGUUAUGAAUUGCACCAGCCUUGAUGGCCUCUAAAAGAAAGUCCAUAAAAAUACCGCAGCUCAACCUUAGAACGGUUCAGUUACUCUUAAGUAUCAUAAAGCAAUAGCCUUCAUGUCAAACACUGCUUGUAACACAAUUUACAAUGUGAGUUACAAAUGUGGAUGUACUGUAUAUUUGAAUGAAUAGUUUUGAUGUGUUAUGAUGACAGGGUGAUUGAGUACCUGUGUCUACUGCUAUUUAUGUAUGACUUUUAUGACUUUUGAGUAUAUAAA